AUGUCAGAAAACAUACCGAAUACAAUUAAGGCACGGGUUUAUCUUCUAAUAUCUCCUUGUUAGAUGAUGGCAGCCUGCAGGGCGGCAAAUAAACCGAUGGUCAUAGAUGCGGACGGAAUCUACAUUGUGGCAAAGCACAAAGACCUGAUAUCCGGUUAUCGGAAGGCCAUUAUAACACCAAAUGUGAACGAGUUUUCUCGUCUCUACAAGACAGUAAUAAGUAGGUUGCCAGUUAUUAUAGAGAAAACUACCCCAGACGAGGACGCAAGUGAUGAUAUAAAUGAAGCGGCUCGUUUGGCAAAGGCAUUGGGAAAUGUAACCGUUGUCCGGAAAGGCCCAGUCGAUGUCAUCUCAGACGGUGACGUGCGUGAGUAUUUUGUGUUAACACACAGCAAGUGAUUAAACAUGCCACUUUAUAGCACACAGGCUAUAUGGUUUGGUUUUCUCCAGUAAUCCUCACCUGAGCUUUCCAAGUGCCAUAUUUUUUGUCUGUGCCUGAAAGCUCUGCAAUUUUCAUAAACUGGACAUGUUAACCAUUUUUUUGCUGUAAGCUAUUUGUCACUGGCAUAUUGUAUAGCCUUGCACACGUUCACUUCCGUCUACGGAUCAACAUCAGCUGCCGAACAGCGCGAUAAAGAGACCUACCCGCAGCUGCAGGAGUUAGCUAGAAGACUCCUCACCGUGAUCUGCCAAUUGCUGUCGGGACCUGGAAUGGCCGGACUGGAUCCGGCGACUUUUCAGAAAGUCACCUUUUUGGCUAUUUAGGACUUGGCUCUCAAUGGGGCAAUGAAGUGAAAGCGCUGAAUUUUGUCGACCAGAACCAACUGUUUGUCAGUAACACGUGCUUUCAACAUCGCCACAAACAUCUGCUGUGGCGGUAUUCAAAUGACGACUAUAUAGCCAGUCAGGCUGACUAAGCCCUAGUAACUUAAAGGUUGAGAAGCCGGGUUCACGAUAACACAUCGAUGCGUGGUGCCGUAACUGGAAACGCCCAUUAGUUCUGUUCUCAUGCCUGAAAGUUCACCCCUCAUCUACACGCAAAAUGCAACGUACGAGACGCCUUGAUGCCACAAAUCUUUGACAACCCAUCAAUGUCGAGGCCCUGAGCACAGAAAUCUGGUCCCGUUUCACGAAGCGAACCGAUGGAGAAGGCAGUGGCCGAUGGUCAUUACUAAUGUCAUAAGUCUAUGGGCAGCUGAGAAAAUUCUUGGAUUCGCCCAGCGCUGCCACAGAGAUUGGAUCAUCCAGACGACUCUGUAGUUGCCUGCCCAGACGGCUCGAGCCAGGUCGUCCCGCAACGAUGCAUCCUUCUACUAACUCCGGAAAAUGACUACAAAUUCGACUUGAGAUGACUGACAGAAAUAUUGGACUGGAACAGCAACCUCCAUAGAGUAGGCCAGUCUCCAAGAAAGGAGACAAGACGACUUGAGAGAGCCACCGCGACAUAAGUCUCAUUAGCGUUGCUGCGAAGGUUUUCACUGUUGUCUUUUUCAAGCGAUUGCAUCCUGUGCGUGAUUCUAGAACGAGGCCAAACCAAGCCAAAUCCCAAGCUAGACGUGGAUGUGCAGACCAAAUAUGGACAGUAAGGUACAUUCUAGAGUCCCGCCAUGGCUUCCAGUAACUGACGGCCGUCUGCUUUGUUGACUUAGCCGCUGUAUUCGAUUCCGUCCAUCGCGACUCCCUGCGGCGAAUAAUGGAGCUAUUUGGUGUGCCGGCCAAAAUCAUCGCCAUAAGUGCUUCACGAUUGCGCGAGUUCUCGUCCAUGGUAAUCUCCCUCAACCAUCCGAUAUCCGAUCUGGAGUUCGACUAAGUUGCGUCCCGUCGCCCAUUCUGUCCAACUACGACAUUAACUGGACUCUCGAAAGAGUCGUACACGGCUCUGAUGGCGUAGAACUCGCAACCGGACGCCGGCUGACUGGUCUAGACCACUCUGGCAAUAUCGCCCUGUUAGCUUCAUGUUUGGUAGCCUAGUAUGUGGUGUCACGAGUGAACGGAGUCACUACUUCGGCCGGUCUUUCCAUAAACGCUAGGAAGACCAAAUUGUUUUCGGGCUGCAUCCCUGCCCAGGAGAAAGCAUCCCUCGGUAUGGACGGCUGUCUACUUAAAGAAGUAGACAGUUUCAAACACCUGUGGGUGAGGCUUCAGUCCAAUGGACAGAGCCAGGAUGCCAUUGUCUCCCGAAUUUAUGCUGCUAGACGGGUUUUCUCAACCCCUUGAAAGUGUCCGUGGACCCGAAGCGACAUCGCCAUCGUCAAGAAGAUCGUCAUGUACUGUUCAUCCGUCCAGUCAGUCCUCUAUUACGGUCCUGAAUGCUGUGUUUUGCGCGUGGAGGAUGGGUGAAUACAGGAGGUACUCUGACUUCGUCUCAAAUGAGGCUGUCCACGCUCAAUGCGGGAAUAUCGCGAGGAUAUCUCAGGUCAUUCAAGGAAAACGAUUGGGGUGGUUUGAACACGUUCUCCGUCGUCCGUCUCACGAGCUCAGUUCAUUGUCCUCAAUAGGGCACAGUUGCCCACCUGGAAGCGUUGAAGAAGCGACAAAGUCAAGACUCGGCUUGACACGAUUCGUCAAGAAAUGUAAGUGGUUCUUGGACCUUCUAUACUCGGUCUCCAUUACUGGAGAAGAGUGGAUCGAGCUGUCCAGAUCAACUGCCGCAAAUCUUCACUCGUAGAAAGGUAGAAUAAUUGAAUUCUUCGGGGCCGGCUAGAUCGGGCAUGCUCACAGCUGCGCCAAGCACAAGUAAAGGUAUAAGCUCUGUGUAGUGCCAUGUCAAACAAAUAGGGCACGUCAAGCACUGAAGCCUAUUAGGCAGCUUGCCGGAAAGGAGCCAAACAUCAGUCUGUGGAGCACACAGUGGACAUAAUCGAAAUCGAUGGUCGAACUGUCAUUGCUCCUGCUCUCAUCCGGCUGUGGAGCACACAGCGGACAUCGUCGUUCACGACAGUCAAACUGCCAUCUGCUAUGGAACCCUAAAGUAUGAGAGUUAUUCAUUGUCCCCGGCAAUCCGCUGUUUUGAGUUUUCCAUCGCUUUUCAAGUGAUUGCUUCUAAAAGUGCCAACUCAACGUCUUCCGCUUUUAUCGUAAUUUAGCUACCUUGGAACCUCGAGUCGAGAUGUCUAGUGAAUUUCUCAUUACCCUUGCAACUAAUAAUGACAAAUAUACCAUCAAUAUACUAUCUCUGCAAUACGGAUCGACAAUGUUCAAAACACGCGCUUCAAGUCGCUGUAUUCCAUCUUAGAAAUUAGACUGCCCAGCGACGACUCCAUCAGAGUACAUUUAACUUCUUCAUGCAAAACUUUAUCGAAUAUGAAGGCCUUCAAGAAGUGUUUCGCGAGAUCGACAAAGUCCACGUCUUUGUCAUGUUCUUCGAGCAAGGUUUGUAUUGUUGCAACAGCGACAUGUUGUAGGAUCGAGAUGAAAAACGUCAAUCCCUCAUGUGCGUGUGAGACACUUUGCGGCUUUUGAGGGAAUUGCUCUGCUGAAUGGACAGUUGGUUUUAAAUCCUGGUUUAAAAACCUAGGCCACUGAAACAACCCUGUGGCAAGGACCAGCCCCAAGGUUCUUCAGAGAUACAAUCGACUGUUAGUCUAUGUUAUGAUUCUUGCCUCCCAAAGACCUGCUAGAUAUAUGACGGCAGAACGCACAGGUGUCGUUGAAACCAACAAAUAAGUCACAAUGAGGGUUCAUAUGCACGAACAUGCCGUUAGGCGUAGGGUCAAGCUAUCCCUGGCGGCCGCCCACACAUCUUGGGGACGUAACUUUACCAUUGAUCAUCUAGUGAUGAUAGAGCAAUCGAAUGACUUGAUUUACGUCAGCUGCGGAAAGCAUAACAUUCCAUCGGCACAUUAAUUUGCCACCGGCUUAUGAAUCGCUAUGUAAACAAUUUUCCGACGCGACUGAAGACCAUCCCCGACGGAAGUGUUCGAGGUCUAGUGGAGUUGCUCGUUUUCAUUUCGCCUUGGUCGUGGAAUCAGUGGGCAGUACAAAACGUCAGGAAAGUAGGAUUUGGAAUUUUAAAAUCACCAUACGUUCUUCUACGAAUUGACCACCUACCAAAAUGUAAAUAAAACUGAGGUGUUCCGUAUGCAAAAUGGGCAGGGGCAUAACAUGUGCCGCCGAGAGCGGACAUUAAUCUAUCCCAUAAGGCAGUCUUAAUUUAGAAAAAAGGUUAAAACGCCUAAUAAAAUGUCCGCAUGUAGGGGUUACAACUACCGUGAUAGUUCUGCUGCUAACAUUUACGCUCUUACAGUUAAAAUUCUGAUUAUUGCAGUCCUCGUUUGUGACGCCGAAGGAUCUCCACGACGCUGUGGUGGGCAAGGUGAUCUUCUAUCCGGUGCUGCGGCUGUUUUCUCCUGUUGGCUAGAUGCAGUUGAUUUCCGUUCCCCGUAAGUCUUUUCUUUGUGCCUCUAUAAUAUAGUUGAACUGCCUGACUCGUUUGCCUGCUUUAUAACGGGAGUUUGCGGUGCUAAUUCACCGCUAUUCGUCUGCAAUAAGACGAUAGCGCAAGCGCAGUCACUUGACAAUUUUUUAAACAAGCCUGUUUAGUACUGUCGGUUCCAUCUGGGUAACUACACACUGUUCACUACUAGAUUUUUUCUCUUAAUAACGUUUUCCCUACUAAUAAUGGUCCCCUACAAGACCAACAUAGGCACUGGAUAGAACCCCAGACAAGUUGCUCUUCGAUUUUCUGCUGCUACAUGGGACGGCUGUGAGGGCUUGGGCUCUCAGAAUGCUCCACUUGGCCUUUUGUACAAUUACUGGCAAGGCGCGCAUCAGAAUUGAUUCAAACGCAUGGGGUAAUAGCUGGAACGCACCUUGUUUGAACUAGACUUGCCAAGUUUGACUACACUUUUUGAGCGAAUGUUUAGUUCGAAUACUGGGAUUUUCGGUCGACCGGCCGCUCACUAUGCGCAUCUGCAAAUCUAGCAGUAAUUCGUGUUUGGACACGAGGAUUGUCCCCCCCCCCCCCACCUUCACUUCUACCUUCAUUUAUACCACAAACAACACGGGACCCGCAGGGGACGCAGUAAUGAGCCAGUGCUCCCUCAGUUGCAUUACAUAACGUCAGGAAAUCUGCGAACGACGUGUCUGUGCCCUUUGUUAGCGUCUCUGUUGCCGCAGCUGUAGAAUUUCUGGUGGAUUACUGCAAGCACUGACACUGAGACGACGCUCGCCAGCUUGUUGAUAUGUUGGGUUCCGUCUCAGCCGCGCCUUCGUCAAUAUCGAGGUUUGCUUACCGGUCGGAAUUUUGCCCACGAAUACCGUCUUCGUCGACGUUGCCUGUCUUUGUUGAGACAAAUUCCCUGUUCCUUGCCAUUGUGCAGUUCCUUUUCCUACAAUGGACCCGACGGAAGAGCGCCUUGCCGACUCAAAAUCAUUUCGACCGACUUUGUUCGAGGAAUAACGCAGGAGUGACGAUGAUUAAUGUUGAUGUAUGUUCACGUGUUUUAGAAAUGACCAUUUCAUUUCUUCUUGUUUUUUUUCCACUUAUACUUCUCAAGUACGGAAAAGCGUUAACGAUACGGAUCGACGCCCAAACACCGAAAAACCUGGAAACAUUUAAAGUGGAUCCUACGAGACAAUUCAUUCCUCCCGAUAAAUUUUGCUAUUUAAAUAACGAGGACGUAUAUUUAAAGUCUCGUUUGAGACUUGCGAGCCGACCUGUUAACCUUGACAGCUGCAAUCCGGUUGGUCUCAUAGAUUGCUGCUCCAGUCUCCACUGCUCCUCUCCAGGUCGUUCGAUUCUUACGAGGUCAUCCCAGAUCUCCGGAUUGAUUUGUAGAUUCUUUAGAAGAAUGUUCAGUGUCCUUGUAACAUCGUUUCUGUUUUGUAUGUCGCGACGUCGCCAUAGAGUAUCCGCCUGGGUGGACGCUCGUCAAUCCCACAAUGCGGCCUCACAAUCGUUGCUGGAUUUGCCCCAACAUGACCUGGUGCUCAGGAUUCGGGUCAGUUCCCGGAUUUCCGUGUCAGCGAUUCUGUCUUGUCGCCUCAGCUUCAGUAUUCUCCGGCAGCAACUGAGGUGGAAGUGAUUAAUUUGCCUGGCUUAUUUGGCGUAGAUUGUCCAUUUCCACAUCCCGCAAAGCAGCGUCGUUUGGACUACCGCCCUGCACAUCUUGAGCGUCGUGUCGAAUUGAAGUUUACGGCGGUUCCAGACUGAGGACUGUAACCGACCGAAGGCCUGGCUGACUUUGGAGAUUCGAUGGACCACUUCAUCGGUGGUCUUGACAUUCCUUGCGAAUACUGAUGCAAGUCGAAUCCCAUUGGCUUUUAUACGGGGUGCAGUGUAUUCGGCGCCAGGCACCGAUUUGUGCAUGAUACCGUCUUCUCCGUGCUGAUGGUCAGUCCAAAAUGAGAGCAACGAAAGCGAAAAGACCCAUACUGCAUGUCCUCUUCCGUUGUGGCAUUUAGCGUGCAGUCAUCCGUGGACAACAGGUCGUAGGCGCUGUUCUUGGAUCCCACUGAAGACGCUUUAAGGCGACGAAUGCUGGACAGUUCCUUGUCGGUUGGCUAGUUGACUUUGAUGCUCAGCUAUUCCUCACGGUAGGCCUCCAUCAGGGUGACAGAAAACAUGAGACUGAAUAGAGUGGAAUUGAUUACAUAGACCUCCUCCUCCACCCCAUCGAUUACCGCGAACGCUUCAGAGAUUGUGCCGUUGUCCGUGACUCGGACCAUCAUCUUAUCAUGAAGAUACUUCUGAAGUUCUCAGCACUACGCUUCAGAAUUUGCAAUUUCUCGGUAAAAAUGUUGAUCCGCCGGAGUUGAGCAAUUAUGUGAUUCCUUUGGUUGUGGGGCCAUAGACCGUACUGAUUGACGCGAAGAUAUUCUUCCUCCCAUUACGGCCCAUGUAUCCUUGUAUUUUCUUGGUCUUGCAAUCUAUCCACGCAUUUUGAAUCUCCCGCAGCCGUUGACGCACACCAGGCGAUGGCAUCUGAAGAAGGCCGCUUUGCUUGCGUCCGUUCCACCACCUGUUCAUCUCGACGAGCAGGUCGGUGAUUUCUGCUUCGUUGUCGUCAAAUCAGUUCCGGUGUUUGCGGCGUAUGCGACCCUGAGCAGUGGAGUGAAUUGCGUUCUGCGACUAAUACCACCGUGUAUAAACGGUGACGUUAUCAUCUGGGACCUGUAGAUCUUCCAGUCUCUGGGUUGCUGAAAUCAAAGCGGCGAGAAGACGCAUUGAACAGAUCAGUACUUAACUUACCCGACGGUUGCUUACCUUUUGAUCUCCUGCGAAGUUGCAGUCGGAGCCUCAUCUUAGAGAUAAUGAGACAGCGACCCGUCCACCCAUUCGAGUCGCAGAUCACUUUGGCCGCCAGCACGUCCAGCCGAUCUCGCCUUCGGAUGAGAACAUGGUCCAGGAAUUGCCAGCACCGUGAUCGAGGGUACAUUUACGUUGACUUCUACCUCGUCAAAAGGCGAAAGAAGCUGUUGGUGAGGAGCGGGAAGCAGUGUUCGGCACAGGUUUGCAAAAGGAGGAGGCUGUUGUUGCAGCCCUAACAUUCCACGGGGAAUUUAACUCUCCUUCGCAGGUAGCCUAGUAUGUCCCGACGCGGGCAUUGGAGUCACCAAGGCCAAUCAGCUUGUCCGCCCUCGGCACAGUCGCCAGAAGAACAUGCAGAUUGUCGUAGAACUUGCUCCUCAUCUCGUCGGAAUUUGUUAUUGGGGAGGCGUAGGCACUGGCGACGGUGGCAGCUUUGACUACCCGAGGAGGCAUGUAUGGGGUCAUGGGGCGGUCGUUGAUGCUCUAUAGCAGAUAGGGUAGUUGUCCCACGAUGUAUUUUCGGAGGACAAAGGCGACGCCAGCGUCGCUUCGCUUGGCCUUUUUAGGUCGCCCCAGAAGGUGUAGUCGGCACCCACCUUCCGUUAACCUUGCUCCGAUAAGCGGGUCUCGCUGUUUGCAGCGAUGUCCAUCUUGUAGCGCUUCAGUUCCUGAGUAAUUAGCGUCAUCGCCCGUUCCGGCCGGUCUUCCCCCGGAUUGCCUAAAUGAAAGCGAUCAUUCUAGGCUGCCAAAGUGAACAGGGUUACUCUAGCAGCCUUUGGAAUGUGACGGGGAGGAUGGUGACGAGGAUUGUUAUUGUUCAUUGUUCCAUUCCAACCUCCAGUCUUACAUCUACAUGCCGCGAUAAAUUUGAAAAUAUGAUUCGAGAAUUUGUUUAGGGCACCUUUUCUAGCCCCCUUCCUCACGAGGGGCAAGCAGUGCUGUCCUUAAGUGGAGCUGCUUAGUCACCCCGGACAGCUGCUGACCUCCACUAUGGACCACGGUUCUGUUUAGUGUAAGAGUUGUCCGAGUGAGCCUGGUUCGCCUACGUGAUUGCAUGCCGCCCUCUCCGUAGGACUUUUUGAGGGGAAGGAGUGUGGAAUGGAAAUGGGAGCAGAACUACCGAUCGUGGGGACACACAAUGCUGGAUACCCUCACCUGGUUCAGCCCGUCUGUCAAUGUGGUUUAUUGUGGCGUGCCCACUCGGUAGAGCCUGGCUUCGAGGUGCUAGAGAUAAGAGUUGGGUGCCAGAUAAAGACCGUGCGGAGCGGUCAUCACUUGCAUGAUGUGACCUACCAAACCUAAGCGAUUUCUGUUCUGGCUUUAAACCCCACGACACGUCAGUGCCUUCCUAGUUAAUAAUAGAACUGACACGCUUGAAUCUAUCACGAUGCGUUAAAAACCGUGGCUUAGGAGGUUGCCAACUGCCGAUUCAACUCAGACCUCUCAGUCAGCCCAGUGUGUGUGUGUUUGUGUGGAGCGCCUGACUGGUGGUCUGAAAGUCAGGCUCAAUGGCUCCUUAAUGUAGCCUCUUUGGCACUCUCACGCACAUGAGUUCCAAACAGUCCGCCCCUUCUCCCUUAGUGUGAGAUCCCGGUAGUUUUUACGUAGACCAGGGGGUGUGUUGGUACGCGCAGACGGGCUCUCUAACCCUGACAACCACUGCGCCCACUCCCAACUUCAGACAACUAGCCGGCCCGGACUGGUGCCUGUGAGGGGCAGCAGAGAGUGAGGCGACUGCCUCAGUGCAUACUCCUCACCACAUACAGUCUGGCGCGCCUAAAUCUCACCGUGCACUAAAAGAUGUUGGUUUGAAGGCUUGCCAACUGACGGAACAAAUCGGUUCUCUUCCUAGGACUGAGCGUCAGGCUGCAGUGGUUCCUUUUUAAUGUGACCUCUACGGCAUUCCCACUCAGUUUAGGUCCGAACCGCCUAUCAUGAGCGAACUAGGCGUGUGUGGUAUGCAUAGAUGGGCUGUUUAACUACGUUAGUCACCGCGCCCGAUCUCGCCUCCGGCCUUCCUGACAUUGAACUCAGACGGGUGAGGGAGGACAGGGUGCGGUAAAUGCUGCGCAAGUCUGCUAUUAUUAUAAGUUAAUUCACGCGCAAGUGCCGUUCCUGAGCCUACCCUCGUGUGGGGAACACUGUGAACAUAGUCGAAAUAGGCAGUCGAACUGUCAUUACAGACAGUUGACGUUUUUGGUCAUAUUUGCAAGUUAACGUAAGAAGAUGCCUUAGCAAUCAGAUGACCUUGUAUUUUGGACUUAACCCGUCGUCCAGGACACAACAUUGUACAUAAUAACCUUUGAGAAGUUCUAGUACCAAAGUAACCGUCAUUUUCUUAAAAAGAAUUUGGUCCUUGAAUUGCUGCCUUACCUGAUUUAUGCGGACAUAAGGAUCGAUUUUCAACUUCACGGAGGUCGUUUGUGUAGGCGUUUAUAAUUUUGAUUAUUACGCGCUCAUAAAAUACCGUGCGCAAUCAUGCAGUCUUGGUAAGAAAAUGCAUAUUUUUACAGCAAUAUUCCUUUUUAGUUGACAAAACAUUUUUGAAGGAUUUCAUGCGUGGAAAUGGCUUUGUAAUCAUUGUAGCAGGCCAAUAAAUACGUGCCAGGACCCCCGAAACACCGCCAACUAAGCAACCUAACAUAUCAAAUUUUUGAUUCUCCGCUCAACGGUUGCAGGACUCAGUCAAACAAUUAAAAGUCCAUGUAGGUUUAUUUCAUAGAAUGCCGCAAGUUUGCUCUCAGCCCUGUGUGAGGUGCAUUUUAUAGUUGAGAAACCAACAAGUAAGUUCUCUGCCCUCGGCUAAGGACUGGCCUGUCCUUUAGAAUAAUUUUCUGCAAUCGUAUUCUUGCACGUUUUAGUUCAGCCUCGGUCGCUGCUGGUCUGGCCGCCUGCGUCUUGACGCGUCGUUGUGCCAAUUUGGCGUAUCAAAAGUUUCGCCGCAGCACAGUUACCCUGAAGAUUAUUGAUGAAAUUCAGACGGCCUUUGAGCAGCUCUUUUUACCCAAACGAAGAUGA